CGAAACCGCGAUUCUUAUUUUCUUCACAUGAUAUUAAAUUCCACAUCGAAUCUCAGCCGUUUACAGCAAAUUUCCUUUUUCGUCACAUCGAAUUCUUCUGCCAUUUUCAAUUCAAACUGAAAACCCCAAGUUAGAGUGAGAGGGUUUGUGUCUGUGUCUUCCAAGUUCCAUCUAUGUUGAACAUUCAGUUCAAUCUCAAAUCAUAACUUCUCAAAUUCGUCGAUUUGGUCUUUUGUUCUUCACUUCCUCCUUCAGAAUGCUGAGGGAUUCAAAAUUUCCACGCGGGAAAAACGAAGAACCUGAGAAUGCAGAUCCAUCGGAUUCGUGGUCAACUGCAACGAAUCCGAGAUUCAUGGAAGCUUCUAGGCCUCCGUUGAACACUAUUCAAGACCCCGAAGCGAGUUUAGGAAGCAAGAUCCAAAAAACUCCUUCAAAAACCAACAAGAAUAAAGUAGGACCUGAGCUUCGGACACCGGAAAGGAGCUUGAAACGCCGGUUUGCAUGGCCGCAGAGAAACGAUGCCGUUUCGUCUACGUUUGACGAUAGGAGAGCAUCUUUUAUUGGAAAUGUAAACGCGACUCCUAGGGUUAAUCGUACGGUUGGGAGAGCUUCUAGUGUUGCCGGUUGUUCCGAAAGCAAUUCGACGCAGAGUACUCCGACUAAGAGUGUGACGAAACCUCCUCCUAGCUCGAGUUUUCGAGGUAAAGCUGAUGGAAGCUUCAGUGUUCGUUUGGGGAACUAUGGUUCGUUGUAUAAAGGGGUUUCGAGUACAGCUUGUACGGCGACUGUUGUUAACACGGUUGAAGUGCCUCACUUCGAUCUCAAAGAAGAUUCAUCGUUUUGGAUUAACCACAAUGUACAGGUUAUUAUUCGCGUUCGUCCUCUCAAUAGCAUGGAGCGAAGUAUACACAGCUAUAACAGAUGCCUGAAACAAGAAGGCUCUCAGUGCAUUACUUGGAUCGGGCAACCGGAAAACCGGUUCACAUUUGACCAUGUUGCAUGUGAAACAGUAGACCAGGAGAUGAUUUUCAGAAUGGCUGGUCUUCCAAUGGUAGAGAACUGUCUUUCAGGAUACAAUAGUUGUAUGUUUGCUUACGGGCAGACAGGAAGUGGGAAAACAUAUACAAUGCUUGGUGAAAUUGAAGAUUUAGAUGUGAAGCCCAGUCCUCAUCGUGGAAUGACUCCUCGUAUAUUUGAGUUUUUGUUUGCCAGGAUUCAAGCUGAAGAGGAAAGCCGGAGAGAUGAGAACUUAAAAUACAACUGCAAGUGUUCCUUCUUGGAGAUUUACAAUGAGCAAAUUACUGAUCUACUUGAUCCCUCAUCUACCAAUUUGCUUCUGCGGGAGGAUGUCAAGAAAGGAGUUUAUGUUGAAAAUCUUUCUGAGUUUGAGGCUCAAAGUGUGAGUGACAUUCUAAGGCUUCUAAUUCAGGGUUCAGCAAAUAGAAAAGUUGCAGCGACAAACAUGAAUAGAGAAAGCAGUAGGUCUCACAGUGUUUUUACAUGUGUAAUUGAGAGCACCUGGGAAAAGGAUUCUACCACUAAUUAUCGUUUUGCUAGGUUAAACCUGGUUGAUCUAGCUGGUUCAGAAAGACAAAAAACUUCUGGUGCUGAGGGUGAGCGUUUAAAGGAAGCAGCAAACAUUAAUAAAUCAUUAUCUACCUUGGGUCAUGUUAUUAUGAUACUUGUGGAUGUGGCAAAUGGGAAGCAGAGGCAUGUCCCUUACAGAGACUCCAGGCUAACGUUUCUUCUUCAGGAUUCUCUAGGUGGAAAUUCGAAAACAAUGAUUAUUGCCAAUGUCAGCCCUUCUAUCUGCUGUGCUGCUGAAACAUUGAAUACCCUUAAAUUUGCUCAGAGAGCAAAGCUAAUUCAAAAUAAUGCUGUGGUGAAUGAAGAUUCUAGUGGGGAUGUAAUUGCUUUACAACAUCAAAUCCGACUUUUGAAGGAGGAGAUUUCUACCCUUAAACGGUGCCAGAAUGUCUCCAGGUCUUUGUCAUUCCGAGAUAUAAAACAAUCUGUAGAAGAGUGUUGUUUAGAAAAUGAACCUGACAUGGUUGAACAACAUGAUGAUCAUAUGCUUGAUUAUGAAUCGAAGGGCACCAGAAUGUCCCCAAAACAGUUGGAAACACUGAAGACAACUAUUGCUGGUGCUUUGAGAAGGGAGCAAAUUGCAGAAGCUUCUAUUAGGCAACUAGAAGCAGAAAUUGAACUAUUAAACCGUUUGGUUCGUCAAAGAGAGGAGGAAACUAUGAGUUGCAAAAUGACGCUUAGGUUUCGUGAAGACAAAAUUCGUCGAUUGGAAUCUCGAGUUGUUGGUUCUGUUACUGCAGAUCAAUUUUUGCAGGACGAUAAUAAAGCACUUUCUGAUGAGAUUCAGUUACUUCAGGGCAAAAUUGAUCAAAAUCCCGAAGUUACACGAUUUGCUAAGGAGAAUAUCAGGCUUCAAGAACAACUUAGAAGAUAUGAAGAGUUCUAUGGAGAAGGAGAGAGAGAGAUUCUGUUAAAUGAAGUAUCUACUUUAAGGGAACAGUUGCUUCAAUUUCUUGGAAGAAACUCUGUACAGGGUGAUUCAAACUAUGGCACUCAACCUCCGAAAGCUCAGUGUUCUAGGGAUCAAAUUGACUCCGUAAAUCUAGAGCUAAAAAAUGCUCUUGAUAAGUUGGAGGAAUGCAGGCACAACUUAAAUUAUUGCUUAGAAGAGAAUGCAAGACUCAGUAGGGAAUUAGACACUUUUCACAAAAUGUUUGACAGCACAAAUACCACAAAGGUUUCUAUAAAAGGACCUUUGUCUGAAGCUCAAGCACUUCCGACUACUAUGGCGGAGAAGCAUGAACCUCAAUUGUUAAAACACACAGAUGAUACCUUGGAUUUGCACCUGGAGUUAGAUAUAAUGAAGAUUAUUCUGAAGGAAGAGAGGACUUUCCGUGGCAUAUUGGAGGAGCGAACAGCAUGCUUAAAUCAUGAUAUUCUAGUGGAAAAGGACAAGCUUUUGCUGGCAAACAAACAAUUCGAAGAUGCAAAUAAUGAACUGAAAGUGACAAAAUCUGUUAUUGAAGCUCUUGAAUCACAACAAAUUUUAUCAAUCAAAGAGAUAGAAGAAAUGAAGAACAAGAACAAACAUUAUCUGGAGCUUAUGAAGAAACAAGAGCGUGAAAUCAUGGCCUUGAAGAAUCAACAUGCACCCAAAGAGUUGAGAGAUGAUUUAUCUUCAAAUCAUCCAAAGAUUGAUAAUGAGCACCCCUUACAGGUAAGAUUCUUAAGGAUGCAUGAUUCUCUUGAAAAAGCCAAGCAACUGAACAUGUUUUACCAAAGUGAUCGUGCACUUCAGAUAUCUAAUGAGGAAGAGAUGGAUGAAGUCCGUCGGCAAGCUGAGGCUGAAACUGCAGAGGUGAUUGUCUGUAUGCAGGAAGAACUUGUCCAGCUCCAACAUCAAGUAAAUGAUAGUCAUUUGAAGGAAAAUGAAAUGAAAAAGAGUAUAUUGCAUUUGGAAUCUGAAUUGAAGAACAUGCAAGAAAAAUUGCUUACUACAGUGGAUGAUAACCGAAGCUUAAGUGAAGAGCUUUGGCAGAGAGAUAAUGAACUCAAAUCACUGGCUGAAGAAUGGGAGCUGUUAACCUCUGAGAUUGAAGAGAUUCUUGUUGAUGGAUGUCAUGCCCUAGAUGAUGCCUCUGAUGAACUUGGCCAUAUAAGCAAUUCCUUUCCACAGAAAAGGAUAUGGAUUUCUGAACAAGUUGGCAUGAUGGUUAGAAAAAUCUCUGAAAAGGAAUUGUUAAUUGAUGAACUCGGAAGAUGUUUGGAAGAUGCAAGCAAUAAAAGAAGUGACGUGGAGUGUAUGCUAAACUCCUUACGAAGUGCAACGCUGGUGAUUACCGAAGCCCACCAGAAGGAGUCUGCUGAGCUAGAAAAAGAAAUUAUCCUAUUGACAUCACAACUGAGAGAAAGAACUUCUACUGUGAAACAGAUGAAGGAGCAGUUGAUAAUGGCAGAAGAUCAAAUUAAAAAAACGUCAAACUGUGCAACCACGGCUUUUGUAGUUGUAAAUAGAUUGUCAGAUGUGAAUCUUGGUUAUCUUGCUGAUCUAAAGCACAAAGAUGUUUUGCUUGGUGAACUAGCAGAGACCAAUGAUAGGAAGGAUGCCCUUCUUAUUGAUCAAAGUACUUCACUUGAACAAGCAGAGAGUCAGAUAGCUCAGUUGCAGGAAAAAUGUGACAAAUUAUGGCAGAAACUGUCCGAGGAGCAAGAACACUCUUUUGCUUUGGAACAAAAGCUUGAAGAUAUUGAAAAGAAUGCCAUUUCAGAGACAAGGGAGCAACUAGUAACAUUACAAGAUGGUGUCUCCUUGAUCAGGUCGUCCAUGGCCUCUUUUGCAGAUAAUUCCAAAUGUGUUAAUAAUAGAAAUUUGUUGGAUGUAUGCACAUCAUACAAUGUUGAUAAUGGUGAACCAAGGACAAGUUAUGAAACACAUCAAUUAGCUGAUAAGAAAGACCAUAAUUCAAGAAAUAUUUGCAAGGAUGUACGUGAAAAAGAUGUUACCAUUACACUUUUGAGAAAAGAAAUAGAAUGUGCUCUUGAAAGCUUAAAAGAAGUUCAAGAUGAGAUGGCCAAAUUACAUGAAGAGAAAAAGGAGAUGUCAAUGUGUGAAAAGCAGAGUCGUGAAAGCAUCAAGUGCCUCACAACUCAAAUACAUGCCUUGCAAGCAGCUAUGGGACAAUUUGAAGAGCAAUCCAAUGUUAAGGUCGAAGUACUCAGCUGCAAACUUAGAAACCUGGAGAAACCUCUAAAAGAAGCUAUCUCCCAUUGGAAUCAAACAAAAGAGUUGCUUGAACUUGAAGUUGGUGAGGCAAAGAUCGUUCAAAUUCAGAAAGCUGAAGAGGCAUAUUGUAUUCUUGCUAAAUUUGAAGAAGCCCAAGAUACAAUGAAAGAAGCAGAUGUUAUGAUCAAUGAAUUAGUGAUAGCUAAUGAGUCAAUGAAAAUUGAUAUAGAAAAAAUGAAAGAAAGAGAAGUCACUUUGCUCAGGGAGAAUGAUAUAUUAGUCACCAAGGUUGAGAGCUUACAGACUGUUGUCGACUCGAAGCAUCAGGAGAUAGAUGAUCUUGUCAACAAGGUUGAGAGCUUACAGACUGUUGUCGACUCGAAGCAUCAGGAGAUAGAUGAUCUUGUCAACAAGGUUGAGAGCUUACAGACUGUUGUCGAUUUGAAGCAUCUGGAGAUAAACGACCUUGUUGAAUCAAAUCUUAUAGAAACAAGGGAUUUAGUCAUGAAGUUGGAUGAUGUCAUUAACGAGGUCCAGUUGAUGAUGAAGGAAAAUUUCAUGUCUUUAGCUUGUGAUAUAGAGUGCUUCAAGUCUCAAUUUUUAUGCUCAACUAAGUUGAUACAACCAUGGAUUGAGAAGAUCUGGUCUGAGAUAGUUUUUAAAGAUUGUGCUAUGUCUGUACUACAUCUCUGUCACAUGGGUAUUCUACUGGAAACCGUAACAGGAAUGCAUGCAGAAAAUGGCUUGCUGUCACAUGGCUUGUGUGAAUCAAACUCUGUCAUAAUUGAUCUGAAGGAACAUAAUUUUAGAACGAGGCAAGAACUAGAAAUGUGCAGAAUCUUGAAAGGGAAACUACUUGCUGACAUCCAGCACAGUUUUGAUCGCGUUACUAGGAAAGAAGUGGAAGCUGGAGAGAUCACUAUCAAGCUAAACACUUUUGCUAAAAACAUAUUAGAUUUACAACUUCAGGAGGAAAUGAUGCUGCAUAAGUCUAAUGAAAUGGGAGCCCAACUUGCUAUAUUGAUGAGGGAAUUGGAUCUGAGUAAUUCAGAUGUUGUGACAUCCCUUUUAGAUCAAGAGAAACUACUGAAACAGAGAGUAGAAGCCACUGAGUCUCAAGCUGAAUUUUUUAUGGCAGAUUGGUAUGCCAAAGACUUUGAGUUACUGAUCCAUGCUUCUGAAUUCAGAAACAUAGCAGGUAAUAUAUCUGAUAUGGAGGAGCGUUUUGUCAAGUACUCUACACUGGUUGAGCAAUUGAAAAAAGAAACCAUCUUUUUCCAGGUAGAAACUGAGUUAGCAGAACAAAUUUUGAUGGAUAAAGAAGUUGAAGUUUCCCUUCUAAAGCGAGAAGUUCAGCAAGAAAAAGUAGAAAAGCAAAACUUAUUGAUGGAAUUGAAGCAGAACAUCUUAAGGGUUACAGAGAUGAGUGAAGUAAACAUGGUACUUGCACAAAAUAUUGAGUUUCUAAAGGAUGCUACUUGUGCAUUGAAGGAUGAACUUGUUGAAGUUAAGGAGUCAGAUAGAAGACUUCUCAAUAAGAUUCGAGAUCUUGAGACUGAUUAUGAUGAAUUAAUUGGUGAUGUCAUAGCAAAGGAUGUGGCUUCUGAAUUUUCUUACCAACAACUUUAUUUUCUUGAAGAUCAAAUCAGACAGUUAAAGAACACAAACUACAUGUUGGAAAAUUCAUGUUGCGGACUUAAGGAUGAGCUGCACCUAAGGGACUCGGAGAUGGGUGAAGUAAAUAUGGUACUUGAACAAAAUAUUGUGCUUCUAAAGGACGUUACUUGCUCUAAUAAUGCAUUGAAGGGUGAACUUGUUGAAGUUAAGGAGUCAGAGAAAAAACUUCUCGAUAAGAAUCGAGAUCUUGAAGCUGAUUAUGAUAAAGUAAUUGGUGAUGUCAUAGCAAAGGAUGUGGCUUCUGAAUUUUCUUUCCAACAAAUUUCUUUUCUUGAAGAUCAAAUCAGAGAGUUAAAGAACACAAACUACAUGUUGGAAAGUUCAUGUUGUGGGCUUGAGGAUGAGCUGCACCUGAGGGAUUCAAAGAUAAUUAGAAUACAAAGUGCGCGGCAACUUGAGUUAUCCAGAAAGGAGGAUGUAAUAAAAGGGUUGCUGUAUGAUCUGGGUCUACUGCAGGAAUCUGCAUCUAACAAUAAAGACCAAAAGGAUGAAAUGGUGGAGAUGGUGGCCACAAUGGAAGCAUUAGAAUCAGAGCUUACUGUUAAAUCUUGUGAACUUGCUGCCGUAGUUGAAAACUGUCAGUUGCUUGAAACUCAGUUACAGGAUAAAUCAAACAGAGUUACAGCACUUGAGCUGGAUCAUUCAAAAGAGCGUGAAGUUGUAAAGCUGCAAGCCAGUGAAAAUCACAAACUUAGAAAUCAUAUUGAAGAUGCCUUGGCGGCAAGAAAAGUUGCCGAGGAAGAGCUAAAAGAGAGAGUGAAGUUAACAGAGAGUUUAGAGGAUGAAAUCUUGGAAAUGAGCAAUGUUGUUGGCAAAAUGAAUGAUUCAAUUAAAAACCUGUGUAUUGAUCGGGAUGAACUAACUACUCAGAGGGAUCAACUUCAGAGUCAGCUGAUUUUCCUCAAUGAACGGUACGAAAAAGCUGCAGCACAAGCUGAAGCUAAUGAAGCGAUCAUUCAAGAAGCUCAAAAGAUGGCAGAAGCAAGAAAAGCUUAUGCCGAAGACAAGGAAACAGAGGUUAGACUCCUUGAGAGAUCUGUUGAAGAGCUGGAAAGUACUGUAAAUGUACUAGAAAACAAAGUUGACAUCAUUAAAGGAGAAGCUGAACGACAACGGCUGCAAAGAGAAGAUAUAGAAAUGGAGCUAUUUGCAUUAAAAGAUCAGAUGCAAAAUCUAGGAAAUGCUGAUGGUGAUAUACAAAGACUUUUGGAUGAAAAAGAGAAAAGCCUUGAAGAAGCCGAAAAUCACAUACAUGUUUUGAAGAGCGAUUUAGCAGGAAAGGAUGCAGAGGUUGCACAGAUGAAAGCUCACAUUUCAGAGCUAAAUUUGCAUGCUGAAGCACAGGCAAUGGAGUACAAGCACAAAUUCAAAGCAUUGGAAGCAAUGGCUGAGCAAGUCAAACCUGAGGGAAUUUCCACCCAAUCCACCAAUACUCUCUCAAACAAGUCUGAGAAGAAUACGAUCAAAUCUCGAGGUUCUGGUUCUCCUUUCAAAUGUAUUGGGUUGGGAUUGGCACAGCAGAUAAAAUAUGAAAAGGUUGAAGAGUUGUCUGCUGCAAGACUGCGCAUUGAGGAACUAGAAUCUCAAGCAGCAUGUCGACAGAAAGAGAUAUUUUCACUGAAUGCCAGAUUAGCAGCUGCUGAGAGUAUGACCCAUGAUGUAAUUCGGGACUUACUUGGAGUAAAGUUGGAUAUGACCACUUAUGUGUCACUACUGGAUAAUCAUAAAGUGCAGAAGGUUGCAGAGAAAGCUCAAUUUCUUACUCUAGAGCCUCAGGAGAAGGAACAAGAGGUUACUAAACUAAAGAAGCAGCUUAAUGAAUUUAUUGAAGAGAGGCAAGGAUGGUUGCAAGAUAUUGACAGAAAACAAUCCGAAUUAGUAGCUGCUCAGAUUGCAUUGGAAAACCUUCGGCAGCGAGACCAGUUUCUAAAAACUGAAAAUGAAAUGCUGAGGAUGGAAAAUGCAAGUAAGAAGAGUAAAGUAAUGGAGCUGGAGGAAGAAAUGAAGAAGCUGUCGGGUCAGCAAAACCUUCAGCAGCGUAUUCAUCAUCAUACUAAAAUUAAGGAGGAAAACAACACGUUAAAGAUACAGAAUGAACAACUCGGCACAAAGUUGCGCAGGUCAGAUAUCUUCAUUUCGCGUGUCCAAGAAGACCUUGCUCGCCUCCGUUCUUCUGCUGGGGCCAAACCGUAUAUUGAUUUUGAUCAGGAGCAACGUCUGAGGAGAAAGUUGAAGGAUAUUGAGGAAGAGAAAGUACAAUUAGCGCAGCAAUUACUGAGAUUGUCUACUAAUGUUCUAAAGGCUGCUGGAAUAGCAAAACCACUGUCAGAUGUGGAUCCUUCUAUUGCUGAGGAGGCCCUAGAGGAGCUCAAGAAUAGGAUAACUUCCCUGGAAAUGGAACUAGAAGAUUUGAAGUUGAAGAAUAAAAUUAUAAAUGAAAAGAUUCGUUUGUCUGAACUCAUUCCACAAGCUACUCCUUUGAACUCAAGAUCUGAACAGAACCGAAUAACUCCUCCAAGGGCAAGCCAAGCUCCAUUUCUUUCCAAUUUUGAUCGAUAAUGAAGUGUUAUUUUUCAGAUAGCUAUUUAUUGCAUUAUUUUGUGUUUGACCCAUUCACGUAUAUUCUUUGAUUAACAUGUAAAUAAUAUGUAUGUACUGUGUACAGUUUAAUUAAUGAGCAAUUUAUGUUAUUUGUAAAAGAGCUGUGGACUCUGGUAAGGUUUAGUAGAAUACAAUCAACGUGUGGAAUUUCUUGUAAGGCUUUGUCGAUCAGAGAAACAUAUUGUUAUGAUAA